UGUAUUUAAAGUAUUGUUCCGUGGACCCGUUUGAUCAGUUGGUCUCUUACCCAGCAGCGUUACAUUUCAAAUUUGUUCGAAGAUGAUUCGUGUCGGUAGUACGUUUGUAAGAAGUAAUGGCCAGGGCUCCUGUUUAGUACGGCUAUUUGCAACCCAGAUUUCUUCUUUGUCUGGUGCUGAAAUACAAUUUCAAAAUGAAUGGAAUAUGGCGUUACCAUACGAGAAGAUCCCUGGACCAUCGCGGCUGACACUAUUAAAGGAUAUAUUACCUGGAGGAAAAUUUACAACAUUAAAUCUGCCGGAUAUUUUCGAGGAGUAUCGCCAACAGUAUGGAGAGAUUUUUAAAAUGAUUGGAAUGUUUGGCAAACCAGAUAGUGUACUUGUUUUCGAUCCAAAAGAUUUCGAAACAAUUUACCGUACAGAGGGUGUCUGGCCUGUGCGUCGCGGUUUAGAUUCCGCCGAACAUUACAGAAAAAAAGUUCGCCCAGAUAUUUUUAGUAGCGGCGGAUUAGUAAUUGAGCAAGGGAGAGGGUGGGCUGAAUUUAGGACAGCCGUGAAUCCGGUCAUGAUGCAACCUAAAAUUGUCAAAUUAUAUGUUCCUCAAAUUAACAAAUUCGUAGAUGAAUUUAUCAUAAGAAUGAGGAAAAUUAGAGAUUCAAAAACAUACGAACUGCCUGAAAAUUUCGAAGAGGAACUAAAUAGGUGGUCGUUGGAGGCAAUUUCCACAAUAGCUCUCGAUACCCGCCUCGGAAUUAUGGGCAAUUUGGACAAAAAUAGUAAAGAACAUGAAUUCAUAGCUGCAGUGAAGACAUUCUUCUAUUUGCUUUCUACACUUGACUUCAAACCAUCGCUCUGGAAAAUAUUUUCAACUGCUGACUUUAAAGAAAUGACGCGCGUUUUAGAUGUCAUAACAGAUUUUACUUUACACCAGGUCAAUGAAGCGAAGAAACGUAUCGAAUCUUCCGAAAGGAGCAGUACCAAACACGAAAAUGAACAGAGCAUUCUCGAGAAGCUUAUCAAAAUCAAUCCAAACAUAGCUACCGUCAUGGCUGUCGACAUGAUUAUAGCAGGUGUUGAUACAACCAGUUCGGCUAUUGUCAGUGUCUUAUAUAACCUAGCAAAAAAUCCCGAGAAACAAGAGGCUCUUCGAAAUGAACUACGGAAAAUUCUCCCUGAGAAAAGUAGUCCGCUAACUCCACAAAACAUGACUAAUCUACCGUAUCUACGAGCAUGUAUCAAGGAAGCUUUAAGGAUUCACCCUGUAGUUAAUGGGAAUUUUCGCGAGGCUGGAAAGGAUUUAAUACUGAAAGGCUAUCGGAUACCUAAAGGAACAGGAAUCAUUCUUCAAUCCUCACAUACACAAGUGGAUGAAAAGCUGUACACUAAUGCUAAAAAGUUCAUCCCCGAGCGAUGGCUCAGAGAUCAGGAAUCUGGGCUUAACAAUGAAGCGAAAAAUGUGAAUCCUUUUACAUUCCUUCCAUUCGGCUUCGGACCUCGAAUGUGCAUUGGACGGCGUUUCGCGGAACUCGAGAUAAUGUUGUUUGUAUCAAAAGUUGUUAGGAACUUUUGUGUUGAAUGGAACCGACCCGAUUUGAAGUUCAAAGCGACCUUAAUUAAUAUACCUGAUGGAAACCUCCAAUUCCAAAUCAGGGAUUUAGAAAAUUAAAUUUUAGAAUGAAAAAAUGGAGAAGAGACAGUUUUCGCGUUGUCUAAAAUGUUUUAAUCUUGAUUAGUUGAUUUUUGUUAGAACUAGUGUAUAGUAACUGAUGUUUUUAUGGAUCCUAAAAUUUCGUUAUUUAUUACCACUAGUUCACAGAAAAAAGGAGAUUAUUUUUCUUUUUCCAAAAGGUGACCAAAAAGUCCGAUAAUAUCGGUCAGCAGAGCAUAUUCCACAACUGCAGGUUAACAAAAAUUUAGUAAUAAUUAAAAUAAUUGGAACCAAAAAUUCAAACCAUUAAGGGGAUCAUCCCGUGUGUCGGGUUGGAGAAAUCGAUUUUUUUUGCAUGAAUUGUAUCUAUAUAUAGUGGAGAAUAUGUGGGCAAAGGGAUUUUCCGAUUUUCCGAAUCGUUCGGAAAUUACAGUGUUAAACAGCUAAGGAGUUUGCAGCCGCGGCAAGAAUACUCCAUGAGAAAAAACAUCGAAUCUUUUUUUAUCUGUUAGUUUUCUACCUGAGCCUUAUAAAUUCGAACACAGGUAUAAAUAUAAAAAGAUAGAAAACCAA